AUGGCAAAUGGUAUUACUACUACAACAACACUACUAUACUUUAUCAAAGAAUACAAACCUCAUUCUUUUUUUUUCUUAGACAUGGAGCCCCAACGUGUUUGCAUCCAAAAACAGCUCUCGGAGACAGAUAUCAAUCGCAAUUUAGAAGUACCCAACCAAGCACAGUUUUUGCCAGAGGGAAAUGGUAUCAUGCUUGUAACUGACCGAGAUGGUACAGCAUUUGAAUUCGUAGCAUCAGUGAGGAGAAGUGGGAGGCGUUCUCUGACGCACCAGUGGAUCGAUUUUGCUGCAUCAAAGGGUCUUAGAGCCGGUGAGUUCAUCAGGAUUAAUUGGACAGGGCAUGAGAAUCAGUAUGAGGUGCAGUUGGGACUGCAAGCCCAUGGACAGCACAUAUUUUGGGAAACCCUUUAA